UUCUUCGGCAACAACCCCCCGGGCGCCGGCGGUGCCAAGGGACUCGGGCCUCUGGCGGAGGCUGCCGCGGCCGGCGACGGGGCGGCUGCAGCGGGGGCGGCCCGAGCCCAGUACAGCCUCCCCGGGAUCCUACACUUCCUGCAGCACGAGUGGGCCCGCUUCGAGGUGGAGAGAGCCCAGUGGGAGGUGGAGCGGGCGGAGCUGCAGGCUCAGAUUGCCUUCCUUCAGGGAGAAAGGAAAGGUCAAGAAAAUUUGAAGAAGGAUCUUGUGAGGAGGAUCAAAAUGUUGGAGUAUGCUCUUAAACAGGAAAGAGCCAAAUACCACAAGUUGAAAUAUGGGACAGAAUUGAAUCAGGGAGAUAUGAAGCCUCCAAGCUAUGAUUCUGAUGAAGGUAAUGAAACAGAGGUGCAGCCACAACAAAACAGCCAAUUAAUGUGGAAACAAGGUCGACAACUACUCAGACAGUAUCUACAGGAGGUGGGUUACACGGAUACCAUUCUAGACGUGAAAUCUAAACGAGUGAGAGCUUUGUUGGGUUUUUCAAGUGAUGUCACUGACAGGGAAGAUGACAAAAAUCAGGACUCAGUUAUAAAUGGCACAGAGGCUGAAGUUAAAGAGACAGCAAUGAUUGGAAAAUCUGAGUUAACAGAUUCCACCUCCGUUCUGGAUAAUUUCAAAUUCCUUGAAAGUGCAGCUGCAGAUUUCAGUGAUGAAGAUGAAGACGAUGACAUUGAUGGAAGAGAGAAAAGCGUCAUUGAUACUUCAACAAUUGUUAGGAAAAAAGCAUUGCCUGAUAGCAGUGAAGAUCGAGAUACAAAAGAAGCUCUAAAGGAGUUUGACUUCUUGGUUACAUCAGAGGAAGGAGACAGUGAAUCUAGAAGCGCAGGCGAUGGAACAGACUGGGAAAAGGAAGACCAGUGUCUCAUGCCUGAAGCUUGGAAUGUGGACCAGGGAGUAAUUACCAAACUCAAGGAACAAUACAAAAAGGAGAGAAAGGGGAAAAAGGGGGUGAAGAGGCCCAAUAGGUCAAAACUACAAGAUAUGCUUGCUAAUUUGAGAGAUGUUGAUGAACUUCCUUCAUUGCAGCCAUCUGUGGGUUCACCUUCCAGACCCAGCAGCUCCAGACUUCCUGAACAUGAAAUUAAUAGGGCAGAUGAAGUGGAAGCAUUGACAUUUCCUCCUUCUUCUGGGAAGUCAUUCAUCAUGGGAGCAGAUGAAGGCCUUGAAAGUGAACUGGGACUUGGAGAAUUAGCAGGCCUGACAGUGGCCAAUGAAGCAGAUUCACUAACUUAUGAUAUAGCAAACAAUAAAGAUGCAUUGAGAAAGACAUGGAACCCUAAGUUUACAUUAAGAAGUCACUUUGAUGGCAUCCGAGCCCUUGCUUUCCACCCCAUUGAGCCUGUUUUGAUAACAGCAUCAGAGGAUCACACGUUAAAAAUGUGGAAUUUGCAGAAAACAGCCCCAGCCAAAAAGAGUACUUCUCUUGAUGUAGAGCCUAUCUAUACAUUCAGGGCUCAUAAAGGUCCAGUGCUUUGUGUGGUAAUGAGCAGCAAUGGUGAGCAGUGUUACAGUGGUGGUACUGAUGGACUGAUCCAGGGCUGGAAUACCACUAAUCCCAACAUCGAUCCCUAUGACUCUUACGACCCUUCUGUUUUAAGAGGCCCUCUGCUAGGCCAUACGGAUGCAGUCUGGGGUUUGGCUUACAGUGCAGCACAUCAGCGUUUGUUGUCCUGUUCAGCAGAUGGCACUCUGCGUUUAUGGAAUACAACUGAGGUUGCUCCAGCACUAAGUGUAUUUAGUGAUAAUCAAGAAUUGGGAAUCCCUGCCUCUGUGGAUCUAGUGAGCAGUGAUCCAAGCCAUAUGGUAGCAUCAUUCAGCAAAGGAUAUACAAGCAUCUUUAACAUGGAAACACAACAACGCAUUCUCACUUUAGAAUCCAAUCUAGAUGCAACAGCUAGUUCUUCCUGCCAAAUAAAUAGAGUCAUCAGUCAUCCCACUCUUCCGAUCAGCAUCACUGCUCAUGAAGACAGGCACAUCAAAUUCUAUGAUAACAACACAGGCAAACUGAUCCACUCGAUGGUAGCCCACCUAGAAGCUGUUACAAGUUUAGCAGUUGAUCCUAAUGGCCUGUAUUUGAUGUCUGGCAGUCAUGACUGUUCAAUACGUUUAUGGAAUCUAGAAAGUAAGACGUGUAUCCAAGAAUUCACAGCUCAUCGGAAAAAGUUUGAGGAAUCAAUUCAUGAUGUAGCUUUCCACCCAUCCAAAUGCUAUAUAGCCAGUGCUGGAGCUGAUGCGCUGGCUAAAGUCUUUGUAUGACACAAUGUAUCAUCUCCACCUUCUAGCUCUUUAUAAAUAAUCAACUGCACAAAAGAGAUACAGAAGACCAGGGCAAGAACCAACUCCUCCUGCCCUUUUGUUCUGCUGAAGGAGCACAGAGAAUGUUUGUUAAAGUAUAAUUUUGCAAUUCGUAUGCUGUUUUCUAAAACUAAGGUUGUUCAGGUUGCUGCAAGCUCAGCUGAAUCUGAGAGCCUGAAAACUGUUUCAAAUUUUCCCCCAAAUAGUGCUUUUAUUUCAGAGGAUGUUCUAAUUCGCUAGGCAGGCCUGAGCGAAUACAGGUUUAGCUUGUCUCUACUGAAUAAAGAGGGAAUGCUUUAAUGGAUAAUUGAAAAGCCUGAUGGCUGGUAAUGAGUAGUGGAAGAGUGGAAACUUAGACCUACUUCUCCCCUGAGAAAUCUUGUUAAACACAUUAGGUAGACAAAACAGUAAUCUUUAUCAUAUCUGCUCUACUAACCCCUUUGUGUAUAAUAACCAGGCAGUGUUAAAAUGAGUUUUUAAUUUAGCCCUCCUUUCAGCUGUUCACAUAAAGCACCUGGCAAAGCCUUUCACCUAUUAGGGGGAAAAAUGCAAUAAUAUGUUGAAUAUAUUAUUAUUAAGAAAUGCUAAACAAAUAUUUAGUUUACAAGGAAAUUUCUAUAUUGUAUUACAGUUUUGAAAAUAGAUUUGGUACCAUUCUAAAGUUUAGCUGUCAAGCAUUCACCAUUAUGAAGAAUAGUUGAUAGAGUCUGCUUUUACUAAAGGAUUUAACUUAUUCAGGUUUGAGAUUUUGUUUAUUUUUAAGGUAAACAGGGCAUAUCUCUGUAAUAAUUUCUAUUUUAGAAUUCACUUUAUUCAUGUGGUGUUUAUAGUACCAGAGUGAUUAUUUCAUAUUGAUGAAGUCUUACCUUUCAGUAACUGAAAAAGAUGGAAGUUAUUUGCUAGUACUCAUUUAUCAACACCUACAUAAUCAUGCUUCAGGUGAUCUCUGCUUCUUGUUCUUUGUCUCUCACAUUUGUUAUCUGAUAUCUACCAAAAAUAGUUCAUAAUUAUUGUUUUAACGGUCCAAAGAGUGUGGGUAACCUCAGGCAGCUGCUUUUACAAAAGUACUAAUUAAAACAAAUGCUAUAUACCCCAGGAAUCCUUUAUUAAUAUCUCUAAGAAGAAGAAACUCCCAGAAAUCUUGAUGGAGGAGUUCAAUGCCUAAGAUUGGCUAAAGGGUUCUCUCUUUCACUCUCCUUAUCCCUCCUCAUUGUUUAUUUUAAAUACACAUGUUUUAAUGGUCAUCUUGUUUGCCCCAAAUGACAGAGACCAAUCUAGAAAUUAGAAAUAAAUUAUUAAUAUUCAAUUUUUCACCAAAAUGUAUAUAUGAUAGGUUCUCAGACUUAAAAAAAAUCAUAUUCAUAAGUAUUUUAACUCAUUAAAAUAAUUCCUGCAUUUCCAUCCCCACAUAUUCCAUUGUCAUAGCAAUGAUACUUCUGAUGAUAUGCACAUCUACUCCUUGAAGAAGUAUUUGGUUGGUGAUAUGGAUAAUAAUGACAAUAUUUAUUUAAAAUUUCUGCUUGUCUGCCUCUAGAACUCUGCAGGAUACAAGUAAAUUUUCUUUAAUGCUAAACACCUGUGCUAAAUUUGCCAGAUUGUUACACGGAUAUGUUGUAGUAUUUUAACACAGCUACCUUUUUGUUUCAUCUUUGUGCUUUGGUUUACAGCAGGCUUAAGGGACUCCUUUGUAUAAUCAAAUGAAUUGACUUAGACAUGAGUUACCAGGUGAGUGUUUUUAUUUUCAUGCAGAUACAGAAUUCCGCAUUGUGUUCAGUAAUUCCUUUCAGUUCUUCACAGAGCAAAGAAAGGGUGUUGCUAACCUUUUGUAGAAGGAUACUGGAAAAUUCCAGUCAGGUGUCCUUACUUGGUAUAUUUAUGAUGAACAACCACAAAACUAUUGUUCUACCAGUUAUUGCUGUAAUUACCUUCCCAGGUCUUCAGUGCCUACUUUAUGUCACUGAAAUUCUGAAAACCAAGACACUCUCUUCCCCUGUUCAUUUUCUGCCUCAUUGUUGAAAUUUUUCUGUUAGUAGAAAAUAACCAUGAGAUAUAUAGACUGUGGUGCAAAAGAUGGAACUAUUGAAAGUUCCUUUGAAAGCCAGUGCUGUGCCACUGGAGACUGUACACAAAGAGAUUCUUCUCCACUAACACUGUAUGAUCUCAGCCUAGAAAUCGCCAAAGCUGUCUUCCAAUCAGAUAAUACCAUAUGACUUUUCCCCCAGCCUAUUGAAAAUUCACAAAACGAACAAAUUUGAGAUUCAGUUAUUGAAAUGAUUUCAUAGUGCUUGAUUUGUAAAUAUUUUUGGAUGAAAUAUACUGGAAUAGUAUGAAAAUCAGCAGGAGGUAUGAGUCCCUGCCUUAUUUUCAUAUGCUAUGGAUACAGCUCUGGGAGCUUGCAGCACCCUUCUCAAAAAACUGUCAUAUGGAACUCAUUUGCUACUCAAAUCAUAGAUAUUUAACAUAAGUGGUAUAAUGACCUUCAGUAUUUUUCUAUUGAACAAAUUUAGCAGUUUUUGCCAUUAAACAAUUAGUUAUGUAAAGUAUUUAGCUUUUAUAAUCAUUUUAGUUAUGACUAAAAGGGGGGAAUGAGCUGCAUCACUGAUAAUGAACUUCAUGAGAAAUUUUUUGUUUAUCUGACUGUCAUUCCUUCACUAUUCUCGCUAUAAAUUUCUUUUGGAGAUAAUGAUGAAGAUUUAUUUGAAAAUGUCUAAAAUGUAUGUAUAUUUUAUAAAUGUAUAUUAUAUAUAUUGUAGGAAUAUAUAUAAUAUAUAUAUAUAUAUAUAAAUAACCAUAGGUGCAUUUUACUGUUUUGUAUUUUUAUUUUUGGAGGUAGUGUACACAGCAGAUAAUGAGUAUGACAAGUGUUGUGCUGUUUGCUUUUGCAGUAUAAUAUAUAGUUCUAAAUGUUUAAAUUACUGUAUAUACUAUAUUCAUUAUAGGCUAGCAUGCUUGUUUUAAAGACUGUCAUUCUAGUUUAUUAAAAUCUGAAUGUAAGAAAA